CCCAGGGGGCUCGGCGCGCAUGCGCGGGUGCCGGCGGGCGCCCCCGCCCCCCCGCCUGUGUGUAUGUAUGUGUGUGUGAGUGUGUAUGUGAGUGUGUGUAAUUGAGUGUGUGUGUGUGACGGCGCUGCCGGUUUCCCCGCACCAGCGCGGCCCGGAGGCGGUGAGCGACUGCAGGCGGAGCGGAGCCCGGCAGCCCCUCCAGCAGCCGGAGUGGCUUCCCCGUCCUCGCCCGCCCCCGCUCAUCCAUCGCCCCCCUCUCACAGGAAUGGUUAUUCAGUUGCCUUGGAGAUGAUCCUGCGGCGAUAAAUGUAGGGCUGAAGAUUAAUGGUGUGGGCAGUAUGGACCUAAUGAACGGACAGUCAAGCAGUGUUAAUGUCGUGGCUACUGCUUCAGAGAAGAGUAGCAGCUCUGAAUCCUUGAGUGACAAAGGUUCAGUUGAGCUGAAGAAGAGCUUUGAUGCGGUGGUAUUUGAUGUUCUGAAGGUUACACCAGAAGAAUAUGCGGGUCAGAUAACACUAAUGGAUGUCCCUGUAUUUAAAGCAAUUCAACCAGAGGAGCUGGCAAGCUGUGGCUGGAAUAAAAAAGAGAAAUACAGUUCUGCACCAAAUGCUGUUGCUUUCACCAGAAGAUUCAAUCAUGUAAGCUUCUGGGUUGUUAGAGAGAUUCUACAUGCACAGACUUUAAAAAUAAGAGCUGAGGUUUUGAGCCACUAUAUUAAGACUGCAAAGAAACUGUACGAGCUGAAUAAUCUUCAUGCUCUUAUGGCAGUUGUGUCAGGCCUACAGAGUGCUCCAAUCUUCAGGCUGACUAAAACAUGGGCGUUACUGAGUCGGAAGGAUAAAGCUACCUUUGAAAAGCUGGAGUAUGUUAUGAGUAAAGAAGAUAAUUACAAAAGACUUAGAGACUAUAUCAGCAGCUUGAAGAUGACUCCUUGUAUUCCUUAUUUAGGUAUUUACCUGUCGGACUUGACAUAUAUUGACUCUGCCUACCCAUCAACUGGGAGCAUCCUGGAAAGUGAGCAAAGAACAAAUUUAAUGAACAACAUUCUUCGAAUUAUCUCAGAUUUACAACAGUCAUGUGAAUAUGAUAUUCCUCUAUUGCCUCAUGUCCAAAAAUAUCUAAACUCAGUUCAGUACAUAGAAGAACUACAAAAGUUUGUGGAAGAUGACAAUUACAAACUUUCACUCAAGAUAGAACCAGGGACCAGCACCCCGCAUUCUGCUGCUUCCAGAGAAGAUUUAGUAGGCUCUGAAGUUGGAGCAUCUCCUCAAAGUGGACGGAAAAGUGUUGCAGCUGAAGGAGCCUUGCUACCACCAACACCCCCUUCACCCAGGAACCUGAUACCACACGGACAUAGGAAAUGUCACAGUUUGGGAUACAAUUUCAUACACAAAAUGAAUACAGCUGAAUUUAAAAGUGCAACAUUCCCCAACGCAGGACCAAGGCACUUACUGGAUGACAGCGUCAUGGAGCCUCACGUCCCAUCCCGAGGGCAGGCAGAAAGCUCCACCCUUUCUAGUGGAAUUUCAAUAGGUAGCAGUGAUGGUUCUGAACUCAGUGAAGAGACUUCCUGGCCAGCAUUUGAAAGGAACAGAUUGUACCAUUCUCUCGGGCCGGGAACAAGAGUGUCACGAAAUGGCUAUCGAGGCCACAUGAAGGCCAGCAGCUCCCUAGAAUCUGAAGAUCUGGCCGUUCAUUUGUACCCAGGAGCAGUCACUAUUCAAGGUGUUCUCAGAAGGAAGACUUCAUUGAAAGAAGGCAAAAAACCUACAGUAGCAUCUUGGACAAAAUACUGGGUAGCACUGUGCGGAACCCAGCUCUUCUACUAUGCUGCAAAGUCUCUGAAAGCUACAGAGAGAAAACAUUUCAAAUCCACGCCGAGUAAGAAUGUGUCAGUGGUGGGCUGGAUGGUGAUGAUGGCAGAUGACCCUGAGCAUCCAGAUCUCUUCUUAUUGACUGAUUCUGAUAAAGGAAAUUCAUAUAAAUUUCAAGCUGGAAACAGAAUGAAUGCAAUGCUCUGGUUUAAACACCUGAGUGCUGCCUGCCAAAGCAACAGACAACAGGUUCCUGCCAACUUGAUGACCUUUGAAUAACAGGCUACUUCUAAUUAAAAAAAAAAGAGAACAAUUUGAGCCAUCUCAUAAUUGAGAACAAGGUCCUGAUGAAAAAUGUGCCAGCUGUAUCCUGUGCCAGAACAGAGCCUGUCAACUCGAUCUCUGAACUCUGGAGCCUUGAACAAAACCACUAAUGGGUGGGGAGUGGAGUCCCCCCAAAUUAAAAACGGAGUUGCAACAUGAAUUGCCAUGGACCAUACUUCUUUGUAUUCUCUGAACUGACCUGUGGAAACCACUGCCUUAAAGAGUGAAAGGAAAAACAACGUGAAACACCAAAUAGUGUGUGUGAAACUUCUGGCGGUGCUGUGCUUGAGUUAGAUUGUAGCUAGUUUGAGUUUCUUUUAACUUUAUACUAAUUUUGAAAAUAACUCACCUUUUUAGGUAUUCAUAAGAAAACAAGUAAACUGGUAUUUAAGAGAUGUAUCAAAAGCUAUGUAUGAACUGGGUAAAAGAGGUACUACACAUUCUCUAGAGGUGGUGUUUAGACUGUACCAGGAGUUCUCAAUGGGAGCUUGUCGGGGGCACACUUUGCCUGGAGUAAUAUUAUUUCUCUCAGACCUACAAGUAUAAGAAAUGUAACAACUGCAAGUUUAAAGUAGCAGUAAACUUGCAAACCUUAGUACUGUAUGGGAGCCAUAGUCCCUACAAGUGACACAAAGGCUGAGCACUUACACACCAAAAAAGUCUUUUGGUAUGUUGUUACCUAGUUCCUGGUUAAAAGUGUAGUUCACGUGGUUUGAGUGGCCAGUGUGUGUGUGUGUGGAAGAGAGAAGACCAAAAGCUCUGUUGGGUCAGAAGUCAGUGUUUUCUUCCCAUUUGUUUCGACACCUGUCACUCUCCAGUAUACAGAGAUUGAAUAACAAAAAACAAACAAGGCCUGAGUAUAACUCAGAGACAUUUUACUUCUCUGGGUAUCUGUUAAUUAUCAGUUAGGGACCACUGUUAGUGUAUGGUGUUUCAUAAUAUCACUUAAGAUCUGCAUUUCUAAACGAUAGAGGCACAAUUUCAAGCUUUCAUGUUCUUAUUUGGCAAUAAUUGAUUUUAGUACCUAUCUUGGUCAAAGUAGUUGACAUUGUGUGGUAUUGAUAAUGUGGCCUAAAGCCGACCUUACAUACGGAAGCUCUUUGGAUCUUUGAGCAAAAAAUGUAUUAGCAGGUAGAAUAACCUAAGGAGAGGUGUGGGACUGUCAAAAUUACAUCUUUGACGGGAAUAAUUCUUGGUCACUGAAAUUACAGAGCAAAAAUCAUUAUGGUUGUAAAAAGGGAACCAUGCUUUGCUAUGUGUUUUAUGCUUAAGACAUGGAUACUUGCUUUAUUUGGGUUUCCUUGACGUCAGUUAGAUAUCGUUUCCUGGAUUAUUAGUCUUUCUUGAAUAUUCAGAAAUCUGGUCUUUGUAAAGCAAGGAAACAUUGUCCAAAAUAUGACUCUGAUAUCAGAAUUUUGAAGUCUAUGAAAAAGUAAUAACUGUUCCGUUGACAUUGUGGGUUAGUGGCCGUAAAUAUGCUUGCAGAUUCCACCAUGAAUACUCAUUUUUAAAAAGAAACAAGUUACGUACCAGUCUGUGACAGAAUUCUCUGACUAUCUAAUAAAGGUUUCUACUAGUAGUUACUAUUUUGAAAAUGUACAUUUUGUUUGUUGCAUCUGAGUAGAAGCCUAUAAAUUCACUUUUUUUCCAGAGUCAAAAUUAAUCUCUCAAUGGACAUGAUUUCUGAUUUUAUUUCUAGGGGGAAAACAAGAAAGAUAAUCCAAUCUCACAGUAAAGAAAAAAAACACAAAAACCUCAACCACUUGGUGAUGUAAAGGGUAAUAUGCUAUUUGUUUCCAAGAAUUGUUCUUGCUAGAAAGAAAACAGUAGAAAGAUGCUUCUGUCAGAAUUACACCACAAGCACCAUGGGAAUAUGUCCCUUGGCAAUUUUUCUUGUUGUUUUGAUGGGGGAUGAAUAGUCUGUUCUGAUCCCAAAGUCAUGUAUUUUGGGAAGAGGGUUGCUUGUGCUGAAUCCCUCUGCAAUUCAUGCAUCUCCGAAGUUUGCCCAUGUUGGGUGUAUAGUAAAGACAACAUCCUCAUUGUUGGCAGUGUUACUGUAGUAGACUUUGCACAACUUCAAUUUAGGGGUUUUCUUUUUAAAAAUACUUUCUGUGUGUUUCUUCUCAAAAAUUUAACUGUUUUUUUUAACAAUGUGUGUACUUUUUUAAGCAUUGUGGGUAAUAGCCUGUGGAUUUUGAACUUUUAAAUAAGCUGUUAUAGAUUCAUUGCAGCGUAUCUGCUUUCCUGUUAGUGAAAGGAAACGUGCAGUUGAGAGCUGCAGCCUGACAUCGUACAGCUUUACUGAAAACAGAGCCAGGUCAGAAGGCAUCAUUUAUUAUCCUUUUUUGUACUUUUCCAGCUGUUCAGAGUUAGAUUUUUUUGGUAGGAAGAUGGUGGGAAAAACAGCUCACAAAUAUCAUUUAGUAAAUUGCUGCUAUUACCAACUUCCAUUGGUUUUAGCCCUUCUGCUAUUCCUUGGUUUUCUACCCUCAAAUGUGCUGAUUUUCGUGGCAGAGGUGGAAUAUUAUGGGAGAAGGUUUUUUAAAAUGUGUAGCCAGAAUAACUGAAUAAUGAUUACACAGAAAACAUCAUUGGCAGUUGUUACAAUGAGGAGUUCAGUGCAUUCCUAUUGUUUAUCUGCUACUUGACCGUGUAGUCCUACAGAGCAGCACAGAAAUACUGAAAUAUUACGUUUUUUGAGAUACAUGGUGCUAGGAAAGAGGUGGUGGGUUGAUGCCCUGAGGGAAAGCUGCUUCAGCUAAGCUGUGGAAAGAUUCAGGCAAGUCAAACACACUGUAAAGAAUGUAGUUGUGCCCUUUAAAAAGGGGAAGGAGGUUAAAAGAAAAAUGUGAAAGAUAAUAAAACCAGCGCUGAGAAAACAAGGACAGCAACAAGCUCGUGGUGUCCAGGUAAGGCUGUCAUCCAGACUACUUCAGAUAGCAGUUUCUCUUCGGUUUUUAUUUUUAAUAUAUUGCUCUCAUUCUUGAUCUUGUUAAUAACUACUGACGUACUUCAGCUCAUAUAUGGCACUUUAUUUCUUAAUGUUUUGUUUUGGAAGUUAAACAUGCCUCUGACAGUUCCCUGUUCAGGAGGCACAGAAACAAAAGGUAUUUAGAGUAUAGAUCUUUACAGCGAGACUUCACAUGUAAAUGUUACUCACUGGCUGGCUGCUAAUCACUUUGUAGCUGAACUAAUUGGGAGAUUGAACAACAGGGAAUGUCUGGGUUAUGAAAUUGGUGCUGUGCAUUAGAAAUACAUAACGUUGCACUGGAUGUUGACUACUUAUGACUAACUUUUUUUCUCGUUUAAACUGCACUAUUUUGGCCAGGAUUUUCAGACUUGACUUCUAUCCCAAUGUUCUUAAAAAAAAAAAAAAAAAAGAAAAAGUAAGCACAUUCUUUUUUUAAAAAAAGAACUUCUGAACAUUUGAGUAAACAGUUCAUCCCAGACAAUGUAUUUCAUUUUGCAGACACUUUAUGUCAGAGGAGUAUUACUCAGGCUAUUAUGAUUAAUUAUUUAAGUUUCAAUUUUAGGCAUUAAAACUACUAAAUUAAUGCACAUAAAUACUUAAUGAAUGAGCUUUAACACCCAGCUUUAAAAUUGUGUUGCUGUUAGCUCUUUUAAAUUACUGUGAAAAUCAUACCCUACUUAAGAAAAAGCUGGAAAGGAAAACAGAAUAGUGGCACACACUACUUGUCAAUCCUGCAGCUGGCGUAUUAAGCAGCCCCCUAGUUACACAGAUGUUUUGGCCUCCUGCUUGAGGAAUCUGUCUCUUUUGGGGAAUCAGCUGAUUAACUUUCCUCCUCAAAGUGCAACUGCAGAGCGCUUGAACUUUUACCAAGAAAAGCGUUUCUAGAAGUAUGCAAGUUUGAAGACAUUGGGAGCAAAAGAAAACUUAAAAAACCCACAGCAGGAUUUUAUUAUUUAUCUUUUCCUCACUAAAAGUAAAUUCCUCUAAUCUGUUUUUUCUUACAACAUCAGCCUCCUCUAUUUGCAUUUAUACUUUUUCAACAAUAGUCCUCCUCUGGUAGCAUCAGAUGUAAUGAAUGUUAAAAGGAAAUGCUUCCCCUCCCAGCAGAAGUAAUUGCAGGUAUUUGUGAUGUUGAGGCACUCGAGGAGGUAAAGUCCCUUUUGAUAAAAGGCAAAUUGAUCUUGUGGUUUUGGUUAACUGUAGCAAUUCUUGUCCAAAUCAAGAUAAGUUGUUGUUUCUUCUGGCUCAGUUAGUGGCGUUUUUCUUUGUUCUUGUCUUUUUAUUUGGUAUGCUAACUCACCAGUAGUUCCCAUCUUUUCCAUAGCCAGCUCUAGUACGCUGGCUGUUGCAAGCGUCAAGACACCAGAGCUGGUAUUGAAUUAUGUCAGCUAAUUGCUUAUCUCCCUAGAAGAACAAGUGUUUCAAGCUUCGUGGUUAUUUACAUAUUGCCCCUUUAAUAUUUCUCUGAAAGUUGCUUGUGCAUAGGGUGACUUGACUUGGGGAAGUAGCCAUUAAAUGAAUCUGUCCAAGUGGACAUUGAAUUUGUAGGGACUGUCCUUUUUUGAAAACCAUCAUUCAAAUUUGUAAUGCAUCAAGAAGGGUGAGUGCUUGGAUUUAAGAGGGACUUUUGUCAGUGCCUUACUAUUCACUUGAAGACCAAUUCCUUUGUUUCAGUCCUGGGAGUACCACAGUGGCAGACUUGCUUACUGUGUCCUUGAUGUACCAUGGGGUUAACAUUCCUUACAGUCCUUGCAUUUCUGCAGAAGUUUGUUGUUUUGGUCAGUGUAAAAUAGUUGUGGCUUGAGUUGCUUUAGUAUUCUUUUUUUCUGUAUUUGAAUAGGGGGUUUUUUUGUGAAGAAUGCAGAGGUUAUUUGGUAGCUUGAGCUUGUUCAGCUUUCAUCAGUAGUAGCUCAAACUUCUUCAAGAUUAAUUUAUAGUAUGUGUCUAAACAGAUUUAGGCAGGAGAUGGAAUGGAGAGGGGAGUCCAAGUCAUGGUCUAGACCACAUGAACUUAAGACCUCACAUUAUUAGAAGGGAGCUUGCUUUUCUGUCUCCUAUUUUGAUUUAAACAUUCAAGAGCAUUCUUAGGAGGAGAUUUAUUUCUUACCUUUUUGUUAAUGUAAAAUAAAUGCUACAGAAAAAAAACCCCAAACCUGUUUGGAGAAAGAGAAAGCUUAGAUAAAUCUUACUUUUUCUUAAUAUCCCAUAAGCUCAAUUUUCUGUAUUGUAUUUCAGUGCCAACACUAUAUAGAGAAUCCAACACUAUGUACUGUGCUUCAUUGAGACAACUGCUAGAGAUUGUUUUAGUAGCAAGUCUUUAUAAGCUUUGGAAAGGGAAAUGAAAGAAAAAAUAUGUUGUUCUUAAGCAAUUAAAUACUUGUUUUCCUGGAACAAAUCCUUAUAAAAACAAAGCAGUUUUACUAUAGUGUUUAGAAAUUCAGAUGUUGGAAAGGGAAGGAUAAUUAGAAAAUUAAGCUUUCUGAGAAUCUUCAAGAUGACAGAAGGGUUAGAAAGAGAAAAGACAAAUUACUUCAGCCAUGCCUGUUGCAGAACAGAGCUGACAAGUUCUCUGGAAGUUACGUUGCUAAGAAAGGUGUGUGAAAUCUAAUGAAAUGCCAGUUCCUGCAGAUGAUGGCAUGGUUGUGGCUGUUAGCCUCAUCUUGGUGACUAAAAGCAUCAUAAAUACUCCGUUUCCUUUGUGUGUUUGAUUUGCAUGUUAUUUCUCUUUAUUUGGGUAAGUCCUGGCCUUCAGUGAAGUUCUCACCAUUCUAAAGCUAUUCACAAUUGACACAAAAAAGCAGCAUAAAUCUAUUAGGUUUGAAAUAAAGGGUUCUAGGGUGCCUUGGUUACAAGCAGUUCUAGCUCCCUGUGUACAGGAACGUUUCCAUUCAAAUACUACUGUACUGGAGUGUGAGAAGCACCAGGAAAUCGUAUCUAUGUUUUGUAAUAAUCCAUUAAGGACCAACCAUCACUGGAGGGAGGUCAAGGGUGUCAUGCAGUAAACACAAGCCAUUUUUAAUAUUCCCUGCUGGUGUGAGGUGUUCCAGGGAUAGAGGAAUUGCACUAUGAUCUCCCUGAGUGAUGUGCAGUUUGACUCUAUCCUAUUUCUUCAACUUUUUUAAUUCCUUAUUCUGUGUGUGCGUGUGAAAAUUGUGUGUUUACAUAAGCUAGUUUCAAUGAAUUUAAGGUUGAAAAAAAUCUUUCCUACUGAAAUAAAUGAUUUAAAAGAUGGCCCGUGUCUGAAGUUUUCUUUAAACUCCUUUAAAAACUGCAUAAACACUGCAACCAGGUUUUGCAACGUGGAAUUUGACUGUCAGAACGAUACUGAGAUCAGCUGGAAUUUUAGUAGCUUUUUUCAAUGAGCCUCUGAAAUGUAGCAUGUAAAUAUACCGUUGUCUGUCGGUACAGACGAAAUCCAAAACCUAUCGGGGAAAACACAGUUCAU